CUCACUCCUCGUCAUCGAAUUCGAAGGAUAUAGUUAUACGCUCUACGAAGCUGUUAUACUAUAACAUAUAAUAGUUCUCUAGUCUAUGGUUAUACUGACUAUUUUUGUUCAUGAUUGAAACAUUGCAAAACAUAUAUAUCCAUUUUCAUUUUUUUUACUCUGAUAUUUCAUCUUAAUUUAAGAUAUAAGAGAAUAAACGUUUUUACUGCCGAUACUUGAAGAACUGAAGUAUGGCGGGAAGCGAUGACAAAUUUCCUUGUAAUGAUUCUGGAUCUUACAACCAAAAUGGAACCUCAAAUUCAUCAGGAGGAAGUGAGACAAACGAAGAAAUGAUGCACGAAGAAAGCAACAUAAGUUAUGAAGUGCUGAAUGAAACUUUGGACCAGAUAAACAGUCACUUAGAUUUUUUGGAACGCCAGAAUGAUACCCUAAAUUCACAACUUAGGGAACUGUUAGAAUCAAAUCGUCAAGCUCGCAUGGAAUUGCAAAAACUUCCAGAAAAAGAGAAUUAUACGACUGAAGACACUUCAAGAGGAUGAACUUCUUUAUUGUAGUGAAGUUUAAGUUAUCAUUAAAAACAACAACAUGUAUUAAUGUUAAGUCUGACUGAAAGUUAAUAAUUAGUAGAAUUAUAUCAUAGGCUAUUAAUUUAUAAUUCUGAAUUUCACCAUUAAAGUAAUUAAACUGUGAUACAAGUUUCUGUUUCAAAAAGUUAAUAUCAAUAAUUAUAAGUUAUUCAAAACAAA